UUCAUCUACUUUAGUUUCAAUUAACAAAAGUCUUUGGUGGGCUUCUAUUACCGACGACAAUGUCCGACCAUGGAGAGGGUACGGCGAUAGGGAUCGAUCUGGGAACGACGUACUCGUGCGUGGCAGUGUGGCAAAAUGAAAGAGAAGAGAUAAUAGUUAAUGAUCAAGGAAUGAGGACGACACCAUCUUAUGUUGCUUUCACUCACAUCGAGCGCUUGGUUGGUGAUGCGGCGAAGAACCAGGCCGCCAGGAACCCUGCCAACUCCAUCUUUGAUGCCAAGCGAUUGAUUGGUAGGAGAUUCAGCGAUCCCUUGAUUCAAAGUGAUAUCAAUCUUUGGCCAUUCAAGAUUAUUGAAGGUCCUGGUGAUAAGCCUAUGAUCAUUGUUGAUUAUAAGGGCGAAGAGAAGCACUUUUCUGCUGAGGAAAUCUCAUCUAUGGUCCUUAGAAUGAUGCGUGAGAUUGCCGAAGCCUAUCUGGGCACAACUGUGAAGAAUGCAGUUGUUACUGUCCCUGCCUACUUCAAUGACUCACAACGUAAGGCAACAAGGGAUGCUGGAGGCAUUGCAGGCCUAAAUGUCCUGCGUAUAAUUAAUGAACCAACUGCUGCUGCCAUUGCUUACGGUCUUGAUAGGAUGGCAAGUAGCAUUGGCAAAAGAAAUGUAUUGAUUUUUGAUUUGGGUGGUGGCACUACAGAUGUCUCACUAAUUACCAUUGAGAAGGGUGUCUUUGAAGUAAAGGCUGUUGCUGGAGACACUCACCUUGGAGGUGAGGACUUUGAUAACAGAAUGGUAAAGCACUUCGUUAAUAUAUUUAAGAGGCAGCACAAGGUGGACAUUAGUGUAAACUCCAAAGCUCUUAGGAGGUUAAGAACUGCUUGUGAGAAAGCAAAAAUAAUUCUUUCUUCUGCAAUGGAGACUACUAUUGAAGUUGAUUAUUUAUAUAAAGGUAUUGAUUUCUCUUCAACUAUUACCCGUGCCAAUGAUGCUAAGAUGGACAAGAGCUGUGUCCAUGAUGUUGUUGUUACAGGUGGUUCUUCCAGAAUUCCCGAGGUGCAGCAGUUGUUGCGGGACUUCUUUAAUGGAAAGGAGCUUUGUAAGAGCAUUAAUCCAGAUGAGGCUGUGGCUUAUGGAGCUGCUGUUCAAGCUGCAAUCUUGACCGGAAUGGGUAAUGAGAAACUUCAAGACAUCAUGCUCUUAGAUGUCACUCCUCUGUCCCUCGGUGUAGAGGUUUGUGGAUCAGAGAUGUCUAUUGUGAUUCCAAGGAAUACCGCCAUUCCCACCAAGAAGGAGGAGAACUACUACAACAUGAGUGACAAUCAAACUUCUAUGUUGUUCUCUGUUUACGAGGGUGAGAGAGCUAAAACUUGUGACAACAACUUUCUGGGACAAUUUGAGCUUUCUGGCAUUCCUCCAGCACCUAGAGGUGUUACUAAGGCAAAAGUUUGUUUUGAUAUUGACACUAAUGGUAUCUUGAAUGUUUCUGCCAAGGAGAUGACCACUGGUGUGAUGAGUAAGAUCACUAUCACUAAUGAUAAGGCAAGACUGUCCAGUGAAGAGAUUGACAGGAUGGUCCAAGAUGCAGAGAUAUACAAGGCUGAAGAUGAUGAACACAGGAAGAAGGUUGAGGCUAAGGUAACUUUGGAGAACUAUGCCUACAAUAUGAGGAACACUAUCAAUGAUAAGAAGAUUGGUGCCAAGCUUGGCCUCGUACGUAAGAAAAAGAUUAAUGAUGCUGUUGAACAGGUGAUUCAGUGGUUAGAUGGCCUCCAGCUCGUGGAUUCAGAAGAGUAUGAGGACAAGCUGGAAACGCUUGAGAGCAUCUGCAACCCCAUCAUUCAUAGGAUUUGUGGACAAAAUCAAAAACUUUGA